AUGUAUCCAUCGUCACCUAUUCCUGGGUGCCCAGAAUUGCUCUUCAGCCAACACCUGAGGCUCAACAGGAAAACCAUCUUCGGAGUGAUCAAGUCGCUGCGGGCAUCUGGUUCCACGCAUGGGUCAGAUGGGCUGGAAUUGGCCGACAGGCUUGCUGGAUGGCAUUUUGAAGAAAAGGCUGUCAAUCGCAUUAUGCUUUUUACCGACGGAGAUUUCAAUAUUGGUUUGACGCAAGGAAAUGCACUGAGUCGAUACAUUUCGGAGAAGCGGUCCGCGGGUAUUUUUUUAUCCGAGGCUCAGAAGGCACUCGUACAAGAAGCUCAAUCUACUUUGUAUACGAUUGCCAAAGAUGUUAAAUUCCAAGUCGAAUUCAAUCCCAAUCGCGUUGCGGAAUAUCGAUUGAUUGGAUAUGAAAAGCGAUUACUGGCUCGAGAAGACUUUCAUAAUGAUUCUGCGGAUGCGGGAGAUAUCGGGGCUGGACAUACGGUAACGGUCUUGCAUGAGUUUAAUCCCGUCGAAGCGGACUUGACGGCGUCUGUUGUGGAUGAUUUAUGGUAUGGAAUUGCAAAUGGUGCUGUUGGCAAUCACAAGAAAUCACCACAGCCCACAGAAAAGGCACCUUUAGAUAACGAAUAUGCCUUCUUGAAAAUGCGACGUCCGAGCUGA